CUCAAACUUGUUGCAAUUAUCUUAUGUUAUUGGCAGGAAGUGGAGCUACUUAUGCAAGGUUCAUACCCCACAUCAAGAAGAAUCUAGACUAUGGUGUUGUUGUGUUUAUCUUGACAUUUAAUCUAGUAACAGUGUCCAGUUACCGUGAUGAUAAUGUGUUGAGACUGGCGCAAUCGAGAAUGUUAAACAUCGCGGUUGGAUGCAUGAUAUGCCUUGUGAUGUGCCUAUUGGUGUUUCCAAACUGGUCAGGGAAAUACCUUCAGGAUUCAAUCACAUCAAAACUAGAAAGCCUAGGAAACUGUAUAGAAGUUUGUGUGAAGGAAUACUUUUGUGAGUCUGAUCUAAAAGGAAGUGACGACGGUUCGAUUCAUGAUCGAAUUUCCAAAGAUUACAAAGGUGUUUUGGAUUCCAAAGCUGCUGAAGAUACAUUGGUAUAUCCCUAAACUCCCACUUUCUUAUGUUAUGACAGAA